AACAGGUCGUGGUAAGCCUCCGGUUCUGGUGUCGGGCUCGCUGAUCCCUCUUCGCUCCAGGAGAGAGAGGGAAAGAAGGCGAUCUGGGCCGUGCGUGUGUGCAGUAUAGAGAUUUCCUGAUGCUCUAGGACGCCUAGUCAAGGACUCCCUGCUGCCACACUGACACGAUAAUCCUCUGGGACCAGGGCAAGGAAAUGUUAAGAGCACGGAACGACACUCGGUCCCUUUAAAUUCGAUGAGUCCCGCCCAUAUGUCUCCGCCUCAUCUAGAGAAUGCUCCACCCUCCCAUCCACAAGUGACUCCGACGGGAAGACAGUGGGGGCGAGGACGCAAGAGCGGCGGCACAACGGCACAUGAGCAGUGAAAUCCUCAGGGGGGCUGAGGCGCCUUCAGCCCAUUACCAGGAGAAGGUGCGCAUGCGCUACAGUACUUAUUGGCUUCUGCGGAAGCCAUGCCCCGCCCUCGAAUCUUAAAGAGCUAGAAGCAGCUUCGGUUCUCAGGCUCUUUACUGGGCAGGAGUGCGCAGGCGCAGUGGGGAAUUCUUCAGUCGGAAAUAGUCGUCGCGUAUUAAGUUGCUGCUCUGUGUCCCAGCAGAGGAAGCUAGAGUGCCGAUCGUCCGAUCAGCAAUUUGCGCCUUACUAGAUCCACUGGACGAGAAAAGUUUGUGAAUAGGGAGUCCCGAGUUUUGGGAGACUCAGGCUUGCAGCGUAGGGGGACGGAGGAGGCUGGAGGGAGCUCCUACCAUGGAGCCCACUCAGCUUUCAGAUGACCUCAUCCCAAACCAGCAGUCCCCUGCUCCUGAACUUGAGGAUCCUGAGGACCCCAGAGACGAACCCCCAGACAGCUCAGACACUGUGGUCCUCAGUCUGUUCCCUUGCACCCCAGAGGCUGUGAAUCCUGAAUCAGCCAGUGCAUCCUCAUCACAGGGCAGCUUCUUGAAGCACUCAACAACCCUUACAAACCGGCAGCGUGGGAAUGAAGUCUCAGCUCUGCCAGCCACCCUGGAUUCACUGUCCGUCCACCAGCUUGCAGCACAAGGGGAACUGAGCCAACUGAAGGACCAUCUCCGGAAGGGUGACAACCUGAUCAACAAACCAGAUGAACAUGGCUUCACUCCCCUCAUCUGGGCCUCAGCCUUUGGAGAAAUUGAGACAGUUCGCUUCCUGCUAGAUUGGGGUGCUGACCCCCACAUCCUGGCCAAGGAGAGGGAGAGUGCCCUGUCGCUUGCCAGCAUGGGUGGCUACACGGACAUUGUGAGGUUGUUGCUUGAUCGUGACGUGGACAUCAACAUCUAUGACUGGAAUGGAGGGACGCCACUACUCUACGCGGUGCGUGGGAACCAUGUGAAGUGUGUAGAGGCCUUGCUGGCCCGGGGUGCUGACCUCACCACAGAGGCCGACUCUGGCUACACCCCAAUGGACCUCGCAGUGGCCCUGGGAUUCCGCAAAGGGACAUCAGCUCAUGAUAAGGAUGGAAGCCACUCUACGGUACACACAAGACACUCGGAGAUGCUAAUAGCCCCAGUGUAAGUGUAGAUCUUAGUUCUCCCUGCCAGACACACCCUGCCUUGUGGUACUGGGGAGGGGCACUUUGCUGAGGCCACCCCAAACUUCUAUUUCUGUUGCUAUAACAGAAUACAAGAGAUAGGGGUUUUGUUUUUUUAAGUUUUAUUUGGAUUUAUGGUUCUGAAGGCUGGGAAAGCUACAGUUGUGUGGUCACACUGGCUGAGGGUCUGGUAUUGCUCUGACUCAGUGGAUAGCAGGGCAGUGGAGAACAGGCCUCUUCUUAAAACAGCCCCAAGGUAGCUGCACCCCCCCCCCCUGCUGGAACGGUGAAGGGUCACCUCCUGGUGGCUACACUCCUGCUCACAAGGCCUCCAGCCCUGUCUCCUGCUCACCCUGCUCCCACCUCCUCCCACAGUGCAGCCCUGUCUCCUGCUCACAAGGCCUCCAGCCCUGUCUCCUGCUCACCCUGCUCCCACUCCUCCCACAGUGCAGCCCUGUCUCCUGCUCACACCUGCUCCCACCUCCUCCCACAGUGCAACAGGUGAUGGAGAGCCACAUCCUCAGACUGUUCCAGAGCGCUCUGAGGCCUGCGGACCCAGAGUGAAGAUGGCUGCCCACAACUGGCUUGAGGCAGCUCCGGACAGUGGUGGGAAGGUAUCCUCCCCAACAGGAACCAAUAAAUCUGUGCAGAAGUUGAAGGGCUUCUGAUGCCUCCCAGGGGUCUUCCUGGAGGUGGCGCCAAUAGCUUUCACAGUACUUUUUCACCCAGCACCCGCAGGUGGUAGAUGA